AAAUUUACACAAUAUUAUCAUUCAUUAUGAUUGUGAUGACAACAAUUGCUACAAUAGUUUUGACGGCCGGUCUAUUACAAGCUCAGACAGUUCCCGAUUGGAUUGAUCACAAUAUAGAAACACUAAGACUUGUACAGAUAGUGCACAGACAUGGAGAACGGACAGCACUUAAGGACUCGUUUCCCACUACUGACCCGUUUCGGGACUCAAAGUACUGGCCCGAAGGUUACGGUGCGUUGACCAAUGCAGGCAAAUAUCGGAUGUAUAAAAUUGGCGAAUAUUUACGGCAAUGGUAUGACCUGUAUUUGGGUGACGACUAUUCACCCCGCGAAGUGUAUGCCCGGAGUUCGAUAGAGCACAGGUGUAUCGAAAGUGUACAGUGUUUGUUGGCCGGUCUCUAUCCAGAAACCCGUGGCAUAUGGAACUGGGCUCAAACGGGUAAUCCAGUAUUGGCCAAAAUGUGGCUACCGUUUCCUAUCGAGACAUUUAUGCCCAAAGAUGACGACACACUACUUGUUCCUCAUAAGAAGUGUCCGAAGGCGACAAAAGAACAUCAAAUUAUCAGCGAUUCCGAGGAUGUGAUGAAAAUAUUUACGGAUUACAACUCAAAUACAAUCAGUCAGUAUCUGAAGAUAUUGUUCAACGAAUCGAUAACAAGUCUCUAUAGAGGACAACAAUUUUACGAUACACUCAAUAUUGAAUGGGAAAGGGAUCGCAUUUGGCCUAACUUUACCACAACUGAUGCGCCAUAUAAUCAAACGCAGGUUCUGGAUGUGUUGCGUGUGUUUUCAGUAGGAAGUUAUGUCUAUGAUUGGAACCGGGAGUUUAUAUUGAGAAUUAGGAUCGGAAAUCUCAUUCAGACGCUCAUCAAUAACAUGAAACUCGUAAUCGAUAGCAAACAUAACGAGAGUAGUGUUAAAAAACCAUUUAAAUUGUAUGUGUAUUCAACUCACGACACGAUAGUCGUACCUCUCUUACAAUUACUAAAUCUAUAUAACAAUAUGAUACCGGCCUACGGUGCAUCCAUUAUAUUUGAAUUACAUGAGCGACCUAACAGUGCACAGGUAGCCGACAAAUACUUUGUCGACAUUUACUAUUUUAACGACACACUUAACCGUAUACCAUAUAAACUGAAUUUGGGAAAACCGUUUGAAACUUUUGAAUCACAAAAUACCAAAUGGUUUUACGAGGAUUUUAAUAAACUAUGCGGUAUUGAUGAUGACAAUAGUGAGGCCAAUAAAAAUGUUGUUUUGGGUCAAAUGUUAUUUAUGGUGGUCGGCAUAGCUAUUGGCGUUGCAUUACUGGGMAUCAAUAUACUGGUCAUCAGAUUCAUGAGGAGUCACUGAAAUUGAAU